GAGAGAAAAAAAAAGAACAAAGGAAAAGACAGAAAGUGCAACAUCAAGGGUUUUGCCAGCCGUAGGCUUCAAUUCCUUUGCCUGUGUUUGGUUUUUUCCAUUGUCUUUCAGACUUGUUUUCAUUAUCAUUUCCACAACAUAAAUUUUUGAAGAAACCCAAAAACAAGAAAGUUUCAAAAUUGUCUCUUGGGUGACUGCCAAAUUCAGCACAACAUUCAAAUUCAAAGCUUGGGAUGAUCAAAAGUUUGUUGUUUCAAGCUCAAGCUAUGGAGGAAAAUUUGUCCAAUUUAACUUCAGCUUCAGGUGAAGCUAGUUCCUGCUCCGGCAACCGCUCCGAUCAGAUUCCGACGAACUACUCCGGUGGCAAUUACUUUUCUGCCCCUCCACCACCACCAAAAAGGAAAAGAAACCUCCCCGGAAAUCCAGACCCAGAUGCGGAGGUGGUAGCUUUAUCACCGAAGACGCUGAUGGCGACGAAUAGAUUCGUAUGCGAGAUCUGCAACAAAGGGUUUCAGAGAGAUCAGAAUCUUCAGCUUCAUAGGAGAGGCCACAAUUUGCCAUGGAAGCUGAAGCCAAGAGCGAACAAAGAGGUGAUAAGGAAGAAGGUGUAUGUGUGCCCAGAAACAAGCUGUGUUCAUCAUGAUCCAUCGAGGGCUCUCGGGGACUUGACAGGAAUCAAGAAGCACUUUAGCAGAAAGCACGGUGAGAAGAAAUGGAAAUGUGAUAAGUGUUCUAAGAGGUACGCAGUUCAAUCAGAUUGGAAAGCUCAUUCUAAGACUUGUGGCACUAGAGAGUACAGAUGUGACUGUGGAACCCUUUUCUCAAGGAGGGACAGUUUCAUCACCCACAGAGCAUUUUGUGAUGCUUUGGCAGAGGAAAGUGCAAGAAGCAUUACAGCAAACCCAAUACUUAUGACCAAUAAUAACCCUCCACUACUUCCCAAUCCAAUUUCUUCAAUCUCUCACUUCAACUUCCAACCUCAAACCCACUUCAACCCAUUGGAUAUCAACUCGUUUGCCCUAAAAAAAGAGCACCAAAAUCCACAAAGCUCAACCAAUUUCAUUCCCCCGUGGUUGGCUAAUCAUAAUCAAGACCUUAAUCACCUCAUCAUUAACCCUAAUCAUCUUGGGCAGACGUCUCUUAAUCUUCCAACUGCUUCUUCUUCCCCUUCUCCGCACAUGUCAGCCACAGCACUUCUGCAGAAAGCAGCUCAAAUGGGAGCUACGAUGAGCAGCAACAAUAAUGCAGAGGCACCACACACAAUAAUCAGGCCCCAACACUCUCAGGAUCAUCACGUGUCUGAUUCGUCUGCCACCACCAAUAAUGCAACUUGUAAUUUUGGCCUUAACUUGUCCUCCUCCUCCUCCUCACGUGACAACCAGAAUCAGGUCUUGAUGGGUACUGAAGCUGGUCCAGGCCUUUCUCCUGCACUGCCACUCUACAGGAACAAAACACUUGUUCAAACCACUUUCAUGAACAACAACAACAACACCACCUUUUCUCCAAGUGCCUUUGAAGGGGCUUCUUUUGAAAUAGAUGAAUUUGGAGGGAUGUUGAAGAAAGAUGAGAUUUUUAACGACAACCCAGCAAGUGAAGGGUUGAGUACAAGAGACUUUUUGGGGCUUAGAGCAAUGUCUCACACUGAGUUUUUGAGUAAUAUUGCAGCUGCUGGUUAUGGAAAUUGCAUCAAUGGUGGUGCUGGUCAAACCCCUCCAACUCAAAUUCGAAACCAACCCAGCUGGCAAGGUUAGACAAUUUGUGGUAUGGUAUGGCUUGGUAUGGAUGAACCAGAAC